AUGCCUGCCGGUCAUGGUUUACGGUCCCGAACCAGAGACUCCUUCUCCCGCCCCUUCCGCAAGAAGGGGACAAUAGCUCUUGCAACCUACCUCCGGACAUACCAUAUCGGCGACUAUGUUGACAUCAGAGUUAACGGCGCCGUUCACAAAGGUAUGCCUCACAAAUUCUACCAUGGACGCACCGGUCGUGUCUGGAACGUCACCAAACGUGCCAUCGGUGUUGAAGUCAACAAACAGGUUAGGAACAAGAUCUUGAGGAAGAGGAUUCAUGUUCGUGUGGAGCAUGUCAUGCCGUCUAGGUGCACUGAGGAAUUCAGAUUGAGGAAGAUCCAGAAUGAUAAAUUGAAGGCUGAGGCCAAGGCAAAGGGAGAGGUGAUCAGCACCAAGCGCAAGCCGGAGGGUCCCAAACCUGGUUUUAAGGUGGAGGGUGCUACAUUGGAGACUGUUACUCCAAUUCCUUAUGAUGUUGUUAAUGAUCUUAAAGGAGGGUAUUAG